UAAAACCUUGCUCCUUUCAUUCAUUCCUUUUCCUGCACCUCCACCAUUCCACCAUUCCUCCUUCCUCCUUCUCUAAUUCAUCUUCAUCUCCAUUUACUUCGCCAUUCCUUCAUUGCAUCUUUCACUCCGUAUUCAUUCUUUCAAGUUGCAUAAUCACCAAGCACGCAUCGCCAUCCCCUAACGGCCGCCAACCGUUUAUCGACCCUUAUCCGCCACUAAAAGGCAGGCAGAACCUGAGUGUAGCCAAGAGUCAUCAUGUCGAGUUCGGCACCGACGGUCAAGGACCUCUAUAAGACCAUCACCGCAGACUUCACCGCGUAUCUUUCCAAGGACAAACCAAGGGAACAGGAAUCGUCGCGCGAGACUCUUCAACAAUACCUCGACCGCUUUAUUAAGAGCAACAGCGCCAGUACCGCAAGCACAGGACACUCCGGUGGCCAUAGCCAUGCCUCGACUCCUACAACCUCAUUUAAUGCUGGCGGACAUACUCCCUCCUCAGCAGCGCAGGUACUCGGCAAUGCUGCCGCAGGAGGAGUUACACCAGGAACUUUAUCCAACGUGGACUCCCCUAAUCCAGUAGCUGGAUCCUCUACAGCCCCGGUCGCUGCUGGUCAGCGAUACGCGAAUGAGCUCUGGUAUCAGUCAUUGACGAACAAUGCUAUCCUGCAGCACUCCAACAAUCUCCCGUUUGCCUUCCACCGUCUCAGCCAGACCGCGUCAAGUGUUGGUUCACCAUCCUCGUCUGCGCCUGCAUCUCAAAAUGCCUCAACGACUGGCUCACCUGUUAUCGGAGGAGGUCAAGGUGUCACGCAUCCAGCCACACCAGCACUAACGGUAACGACACCCAAUACCGGACCUAAUAACAGCUCGCAGUCCUCACAGACAGCGCACUCGACAUCGACAGCAGCAUUCAACGUCGCAAACAUACCCGUCAGCUCUCCCUUGGCUGCUCAAAGAUUCUCAGCACAUCUGAUUACGAUGUUCACGCAACACAACGUGAGCGAUGCACCGAUUGCAGACGUUGCGACUCGGAUGAUUGUCUACCUCACGCAUCUGUUGCCCUUCUUGACACCACGCCUCGUCAUCACGGAUUGGUGGGAUCGAUUGAUACAACCGUGCCUGCAAGGAGAGAUCAAAUUGGAAAAGGAUGCAAUGAAGUCGUGUAGAGACCUUGUGACGGAAUGCAUGAUUCGGGACAACAUACUAGACAGCCAUGGUUCUGGAACUGGAUCGCUACUGGUCGCUGGAGACGAAGAAGGUCAACUAGGGACAUCUCUGGCAAAGGCGGCAAUGCCUGUCUCACAAUUUGUCCUUCGAAAAUACAUCAGAGCAGCGCACAGACUAAACCAUCGACUUUCGGAUGAAGAUUAUAUCGAAAAGGAGCUGCAGGCUGAGGGCAUAAGUGGAUUCUCGUUGCGAGCGAACGCAAGCCGUGCAGGACAUGGCACAUUACCGACAGGAUCAGUGUUCACCCCUUCCUCCUCACCCUCGGUGGAAUACACUACAACGGAUCUGGAGCGUCAGCAGCAACUUCUUGCAAAAGCGAGGGCAAUCAUCCGGCGAAAGAAGGACUUCUUGGUCAAGAAUCUAGAGGUCAUUCUCUUCACGUACGGCGGUAAUGUAGGACGCGUCAAAGACUUUUUCAGCUGCCUCUACACGUACUUUGUGGGCGCACUCUAUCGACCAGAGAUCCUGGGGUUGCUCUGCCAAUUCAUCAGGCGGCAGCGCGUUCAUUUGCACCAGAUCUUGGCUACGCCAUUGUUCGACUCUCUAUUGUUCUCUUUGAAGUACGACACAUCGCCUCUGAUCGUGUCCCUCGGCCUGAUGACGUUGAUUAUGCUAAUGCCAAGGAUCCCUGCGGCCCUGAACGAAAGACUCCCAGAUCUGUUUCUGAUUCUGAGUAGAAUCCUUUGUUGGCCCCGAUCUCGCCAGCAGCUGAUGGCGGUGAUGAACCAGAGGAACCAAAACGGGGCAAAUCUGACCGGCCAGACGAUACAGUCCUUUGACGAGUUUGACGAUGAAGGCCCUAAGGCUGAUGCUACCGGCAACAAUAUCAACGACGCAAGCAGCGACAAAGGCGAGGGGUCGGCGUUCAUGAUGGCACACGUCGAAUUUGAGGAUAUUUCAUUGUAUAAUCACGGCAUUCGCUGGCGCCGAUAUGGUCCUGCUUUGGCUGGUGGAUCGACAGAGGGCGCACCAGAUCCGACCGCUAUUUUCUCAUUCCUCUACGGACUUUUCCCCUGCAACCUUCUCAAAUUCUUGCACGGCCCUCGUGUAUACAUGAAGCAAGCUCAUUCACCCAUAGGAUCACCCCGACAGAGCUCGGGGUCGCAGGUCGGAGAAGGCGACUCUGCAGAAAGCGACACUGAGACUGGAGCCAUGUACCCCAAGGAUGCGAACGACAAAGCAUUCCAUAUCGAUGAGGAUCUGUUGAAAUCAAGGGUGCAAGCGCUCCUCAAGCGACAUUCUCUUCACCCGGAUUUGUUGACGCUUACGUCCGAACAAGAAAUCGCGAGCAAAGCGAGGUGGCAGAAAUUGGAGCCAAUGGAGAUUGUCGCCAUGUGCGUCGGGCUGGAUGUCUGGAGUGCGGGAGGACAAUUCGGUACAGGACCUGUUUUGCGGUCGAUCGAAGAGGAUCGCAAGGGAACAUAUCAUCAGGAUAGCGGUGAAGACGACGAUGACAACGAGAUGGUGCAGAAGGAAGAUGGAGGCGGAGCACACACAGCCGUUUUUGCUACUGCAAGUAAUGAGAAAUCAGUCAAGCCCAGUCCAGUCCCUGAUGUGAAGGCACAGGAUCAUUCCCUACAAUCGCAGGCUCUGACCUCGGUGGAGUCGCUGGCGUCGCAAGAAUCUGAAGGAACACCAAAUGAGAUCCUUGCACAGGAAGACUUUUUUGGUCCGUACGCUGUAAAAGACCAACAGGGGCGAGCAACUCAUUCUAUGCCAGCAGGUGGCUUCCAACGGGCGUAUGUUGGUCCUGGUAGCGGAGUCCAGCCUUUGCCAAGGACACGAACAAGGUCUAAGGAGGUGAAGAUGAGCCAGAUCUUGAGGAACUUUGCGACGUUACGGGGACUGGACCACGAAGGAUUCCAGAUGGAGAUCCAAGGCAUCAAGCAUCUAGAACAAGAUUCGAGGAUAAGGGAGCGUCGGCCAUCAUUGCUCAGCAAUACUGAGGGCGCAGCAGCAUUGACCGCAGUGGCGACAGCAACCGCUACCGCUACCGCUGCAACUGAUUAUGACGAUAUGCCCGCAGAAAAGUCCCCAGCACUGACUGCACGAGCCGACCCAGGACAAGAUUCGCUGCUCCGCCCAACGUCCAUGGCGACCCUUGUUAUCCAGAACCAAGACUAUCGAAAAACGAUCCUAAAUCUGGAGCGGGAGCUGCUCAUGGCGAAAAACGAACUGAACUUUGAAUUGUUCUUGAAGCAGCAACACAUCCAACAGAUUUUCAAGGUUCACCGGGCUCAUGUGCUUGAUGCAAGCGUCGAAGCCGAGCGACAGAGCCUUUAUAAUACUUGUCGGUCGCUCAAGGCACAGCUUCAGGAGACACGACUGCUGUUAGAGAAGGAGAAGAGCGAGCUGGAGAAGAGGAAAAACAAACAGACGCACUGGGACACGGAGCUGAAGAACAAGAUGCAGAACUUCAGAGACGAACGCAAGCAGCUGCAAUUUGAGGUUGAGCGACUGAAGCAGGAUAUCAAGGAUACGCGCCAGGCCCAGGAAAUUCAUGAACGUCUGCUGGUUGAGGAACGCAAGGGAACCUUUGACCUCAAGAAUGCAAUCGAAGACUUGUCUCCAAAGCUCAAGCGUAUGGAGGAGUACGAGAAGCGGAUCGAGGUGAUGACUCGACAGCUGGUUCUCUGGGAAUCCGAGCAGACCAAGAUGGUGGAGAUGCAGCGCCAAAUGGAGACUGUUGUCAGCCGGUGGCAGAACCUGGAGCUGCUUCUUAGGGCAGAGAAGGAAGAGGCCCGAAACCUCAGGAACAAAGUCUCACAGCAAUCACAAGUACUGGACGACAUGCGUAUUCAGAUGGCUAUCAAUGAUGGACGCGAACCAGGAGACGUACUCUAUAGCUCGAUUGCUGAGUAUCAUUCGGACGAGGAAGAGCUCGACGAAGGGCGAGAGCAUGAUGAUGGAGAGGGUGCCGAUCCUCGAGCAGUGUAUGGCAUUGGCAGUGAGCAGGUUGAACGAGAGAGGACCAUUAGGCGCAAGCCUUCCCGCUCUCUCCGCCAUCACAGCAGUACAGUGGAAUUAAAUUGGCCCUUGGCGUUCACUCGAUCAAACAGUACUCAGCAGGGAUUUGAACAGCAGCGACGAGCAUCAGCCAUGCAGGAAUUUAUGGUCCGAGAGAAGGAGCGGUGGGAUAAAGAACUGCAGGAAGCGCAUAAUCGGUGGUCCAGGGAGGCUGUGCGAAACCAGCAGCUGGAGGAUCGCAUCCUGGAACUGCAAGGACAGCUCGAAAUGGCGCGUGCGAUCGAUAUGCGACAGAUUGGCGGACAGGGCGGCCAUAAUGAUGGACACCAGGGUGGUCAUAAUGGUGGACAUCAGGGUGGACAUCAGGGUGGUUAUAAGGACGAUCAAGGUGAUGGCGGUGGUGGCGGUGGUGGCGGUGGGGGUAUGCGAAUGAUGAAUGUUACCUUGCAGCCGCAGAAUGUUUCAUUUGUCACCACGACAGGAUCGGAUAUCAGGAUGAGGACGAGCGACCAUUACGAUACCGAUGAUGGCGGGAUCGAAUCUAGCGAGAUGAUCGGACGGUACAGCCGCCAGCAACGUGAUAGCGAGGAAGCGGAUGACUCAAUCUACGCAAGGAUGCGCUCUGCUGCUGGACCAUUGAAUGAAUCGCCCCCGCAGCAGUCAACAGGCAAAGGCAAGAGCUCCAAGCAAAAGUCGAAGGGCAAACAGGCGCCCACGGGACUGGGACGUGCUCAGACUGAUCGAGGAACGAACGGCGACGGCACCGCAGUAGCAGGAAUGAAGGCCCUUCAGUCGCAUCUCGGCGCCAACACCCCUGGCCUCUUUGACUUGGGUUCCCGCCCUUUUCAGCAGCGCAAGAGCACAGAAUCAUCGUCAACUAUGAACAGCUCCUCAGCUGCCACUAGAGCGGCUACUAGCGGUUUGUUCCCACCAACGCUUUAUGCCCGCAACGUAUCACAUUUGUCAGACUACGCAAGCAGCGAUGUAACGACGGCCUCUGAUACUAGUACGAUCUGCAGCGUAGUCCGCGGUGAGCGAAGUGCAGAAAAUGGUGGUGCUGAUGAUGACGGUAAUCAUGCUACAGAGUUUGGAUCAACAUCGGCCACAAGCUCGGCAGGCAGCAGCAGCAAGAAGGGUUCCAAGAGCAAGGCGGACAAGGAGCGCGAUCGCGAGCGGGAACGUAUCCGACUGAUGAGCGGAAUGGGGCCUCUAGUGGAUCCAAGUAAGAUGUAUCGCAACGUGCGCAUGUUUUAAUCAUCACCCAAUAAACCCAUCUGGCUGCCUCUGCCGUGGAUCCUCAGCUUUACCGAUGGUGCCCUGUGGCUUGAGAUUUGAAGAGUAAAAAGUAUAGUGGUUCACAUGGAUUUGAUUGCAAGGAUGCAAGCGCGAAACCCUAUUCUGGCGGCAAAUACUCUAUUCUGAUGGCAAAUACCCUUUAAGGAAUAUCAAGGUGUGAAUACUCACACUCUUCGUAGAUCUCUCUUCCCCUCCCCCUCCUCAUCAACUCAAGCAUCUCCUCCUUCGCAAUCGCACUUACCCCCAGCAUGUCGCUCCCUCUCAUGGCAACAAACCCACUCGAGAUUCCGGAGAUUUUGAGCUUGGUCGGGCAAUAUGUACCCCUCUGG